CAUCCUCUUCACUCAGGCGUGUACUAACGAGUGGUUAGGACUUGUUGAUGGUAUAUAGACUGAAUCGAGUGACCAUGGCUUCCUAUCGUGUUUUUUUUCUUUGAGCGUGGGGAAAUAAAUUGUGCUGUAUGUCAGUGGCGUUACUUUCCUUAUUCCCUUUACGCACUGAUCGUACAUGCAUCUCCCGCGACGUGGGCUCUAUAGGAACAUCCACUGGGUCGAACUGUCUGCUGAUCGCCGGGGGGUAUAAGUUUAUAUAUUUGUAUGCAGCUUGUCACACAAUGCAGACGUCAUCUCCACAGGAUUUCGAUCAGCUUUUGGUGAUCUUCUUUUCUCUCUGGCUCCGAUAUCGUGCCCGGUUGUAAGUGUGGAAUACCAUGAAGAAAAUAUGUUGAGAGAACGUUAUCCGGCAGAUCGGCAGGUAGUUGGUCUACAAGUUUGCUUUCAUUUAGCCUGCUGCAUCACUGUAUAACUCUACUACGGUUGCGUAUUCAUUUCCAUCUCUAAAUGUUGAUCAGUCACCGCAGGGUCGCUGUCGCGGAUUGCUUCUUGCAAACUUGGAGUUCGUUUCGCCCGGUGCUGCUGUGCCUUCACUCGAGUGGUGAUCUUCGUAGGAGGUGCCUGUAUUUGCUUGAUUGCUGGCGGCGCACAUGCACUGGCGUCCUCACAGCUACCCAACACAGCGACUUCUGAUAGAGCAACCUCGUCUGGAAGGAAAAAGAGAAAACAGAGGGCGAAAAGAGGAAAGAGUGGGUGAAUGUGCUGUGAGAACGCUGCAGCCGGUAUUGGACAUUUUAAGUAGGCGAUGCUACUGAACAUGUCACAGACAAUGAACAAAAACAUCACUUUGCAGGUAUGAAUGAUCCUCUGAAAUCUCGGUCCGCGUGAGUUUGGCAUAGCUCUUCAUCAAGACUAUGGUUAUUGAUGCAUGUAUGGAAUUACGCAUGAACUGAUCUCAUUUUUUCCAUCAUGUCCAAUCAUUUUUCGAGUGAUGAUGACAUCUGUUUUAAUAUCGCAAUUAGCAUGUAGUAUUUGGACAAAAAAAGAAAACCAGCUCCUAAAAAAAUAUAUUUGACAUUUCACAUCACGGAACGGACCACUUAGCCGCCACUAUGGGACUGUGACCCGGGCUGCAAGCUCUGAGAGGCGGCUGUUUGUGUAGUCUGUGCUCCGUGUGCAGACUGGACCUGAGCAGUUGUGACAUUUUGAGCCAUGGCUGCUGCUAUCGCAAGUGGGCUGAUCAGACAGAAGAGACAGGCACGGGAGCAGCAUUUAGAUCGGCCCUCGACCAACCGACGGAGGAAGAGCCCCAACAAGAACAAGGGGCUCUGCAAUGGGAACCUGGUCGACAUCUUCUCUAAAGUGCGCAUCUUCGGCCUCAGGAAGCGGAGACUACGGAGACAAGAUCCCCAGCUUAAGGGUAUAGUGACCAGGUUAUAUUGCAGGCAGGGAUACUACUUGCAAAUGAACCCAGAUGGCUCUCUUGAUGGGACCAAGGAUGACAGCAGUAAUUCCUCUUUGUUCAACCUUAUUCCUGUGGGCCUCAGAGUUGUCGCCAUUCAGUCCGUGAAGACAGGGUUAUACAUCGCCAUGAACGGGGAGGGCCAUCUGUACACAUCAGAACUCUUCACAGCGGAGUGCAAGUUCAAAGAGUCGGUGUUUGAGAACUACUAUGUGAUCUACUCGUCCAUGUUGUACAGACAACAGGAGUCGGGGAGAGCUUGGUUCCUAGGGCUAAAUAAAGAUGGUCAAGCCAUGAAGGGGAACCGAGUGAAAAAAACUAAACCAGCUGCUCAUUUCCUGCCCAAGCCAUUAGAAGUUGCCAUGUACAGAGAGCCAUCGUUGCAUGAUGUUGGAGAGACAGUGCCCAAGGCAGCAGUACCUCCCAGUAAAAGCACAAGUGAGCCGGCAGUGAUGAACGGAGGUAAACCUGUAAGCAAGCCUGACAAGCCCACCACAUAGCCACACCUGACCAGUGCCCAGUGUGUGUGUGUGUUUGGGUGUGUGUGUGUGUUUGUGUGUGUGUGUGUGUGUGUGUGAGUGUGUGUGUGUGUGUGUGGAGGGGGGGGAGGACAUGACGGAGACAGGGCUUUUCCUGACUAGACUCCAAACCCUCUUUCUUCUGUGGAUCAGAUCCAGGCGAACCUCCCUUCCUCUCUUCUCUUGCUCCUUCUUUCUCUUUCUCCGCCUCACCCUCCCUUUCUCCAGUUGUCUCAACAUGGGCACAUGGAUUCUGAGGCGGCUGAGAAUUUCCAGCACAGGAGGGAAGAGGACCUCUGAUCAUGGAAUGCCUUGAGAUUCCUCUGAAACUGUGAGAAUUCAUGUGAAUAACGCGUUUCACAACCACACUCGUGGUACUUUGCUUGCUGACAGUUCAUUCAAGAAACCCUCCCCCCUCUCUAUAAUGCCCUGUUGCAGCAGAGUCUGUGUACCUUCAGAUCUAUUUUCUAUACCACAGUUCACCAGCUAUGUUCUGGGAUAGAGACUGUAUAGAUAGAUUAAAUAUUUGGACUGUUGUCCUCUAUUUUUUAUGAGUAUGUUCCCUUCUCCCUCUCUUUCUAUUUCCAGUCACACACUUUUCUCUUUGUCAAGUAACCUACAAAAGAUAAAAACAUUUUUCAAGGGAGUUGAUUUUCUUAGAAACACAUUCACACAAAUGUGGCAUAAAAACAAACAUAUGUAUGAAACAACUUAUUCAAAUUUCCAUCUCGCCUACAACAUGCACACACACUUACAAGACACACAAAGUUUGUGGGGAAAAAGCAGAGAUGUUGCUUUUUACAGCUGAUAAAAACACACUGGAGGCUGGCAGAUAUCUCCUGCAGUCAUAGUUGAUUAAGUGCUAAUUACCUCCACUGCAAUCAAUGCGAGGAGCUCCCUACACACACACACACACACACACACACACACACACACACAUUUAUAAACAGAUGUGUGUGUGGGCGGGAGAGCGCUGUAAGGAAUGGUGUAUACAUAUCACUAUCUAAGUCCCACCAGCGGUUCAGUCCGCCUUCUCUGGUAAAAAGAAAACCUGAAGUCUAUUUUUCUUUAAUCUUAUUUCAGAGCGUGGGCUCUAGGAAUAUCUCUAGGCCUUGUAGGCCUCUGUCCCUCACUCACCGACUUCUUUCGACUAUGAGGCAAGGCUUGUGGCUUUGACCCAGAUGGUCUAUAACUGCAGCACUGGCAGCCAUCUUAUGGCAGCGUCUUCUUAAAGCCAGAAAACAACAUGGCUGAAAACCAGUAGGUGACAUUUAUACUGGCUGCAUCCCUAUUUGGUUCAGCAAACUAAAGCAUGGGCAAGGUUAAUAUUGUGUUCUCUCUUCUUGCAGCAGUUGUACAAGAGAUAGCUUAUAUUGUAACAUUUUCACUGUAUAAAACUUAGGGAAAAUGACUAUUCUAAAUCAUAACUUUUUAAAUGACUAGAUAUUGUUAUUAUUAUGAUUAUUAUUAUUAUGAGAGGAUUUGUCUCCUAGCUCAGCAUGCAGAGUCCAGUACUGAUCAUCUUGGCCUAUCACGUGGCUGUUUGGACCUUGAUUCCCGGCAUGCAAAAAAAGGUUCCCAGUCCCCACUGGGCCAAAGGUGCCUCACCCACCCGAUACAUCCAGGACACGUAGCAUUAUCCAUCGAAAAACCACACUCAGAUGUAUUCAUUCUGAAAUGACCAAAGUCUUUUUUCAUCCCAAGACGAACUGAUUCUUUACAAAAGAAAACAAAUCCGAUUCAAUUCAUUGAAAGCUUUCACUGUGAUAGCAUUUUGUUCUGUCCAAAAGAAUCAACUCCGUCCAGACCCCCAACGCUCUUUGACUGAUGUCAUUUUGGAGAAGUACGAAUACCUUGAAUUAAUCACAUGCAUGUAUUUUCUAUAAGGAACAAGGUAUAUGGUUAUCGUUCUUCACCCUGUGUACGCUGAAGAGCACCGAAGUUCGGUGUGGGAGUUGAAUGGACAUGUUGUAGGUUACAGUACACUCACAGCUAAGCUGAAGGUAACCCAUUGCACUUUCUGUUUUUGCAUUUUCAUCAUGACGGUUAGCAGUUUAUCAAAGCUCUAUUUGAUCAAUCAAUUUAUUUGUCUUGCUUUAUUGAUUUUUUUUCCAAUAUUUUUUUUUUUUAUAAGGUUUAAAAUAUCAAGUAGAUUGUUGCUGCUGUGUGCUGCUAAAACUGCAAUUACAUAAAGAAAUAGAUUUGGUAAAUAUAACUUUCUGAGUUUAUUGGGAUUACACAUGAUAAUUUCUUGUUACAGCACAUCAAAGCACAUUAGUUAGACUUCAAGUUAUGUCUGUACAAAGCUGUUAAUAACAAAAAUGGUGUACUGUACACACAAAGGAGCUGGAAACCACUGUAGUUGUAUUUGGGGCUGAUGUUCUGUCCUCAUUACAGCCAAUCAUCUCUUCACUCUUACAAACUCUACAUGCUGGGCUGGCUGCUGCUCCAGCCCUGCAGUCCAGAUAACUGGCUCCUCCAAGGCUGACUUUAUUUUUGUAAAUGAACGGUGUGUAAAUGUAUAUCUCUGUUUGGAUCUCUGUAACCACUGUUUUUUUGGUUUGUCCUUAUUUUCUCUCGUAUACGGGUCGUGCGUGAUGUCGUCUCCUGAUACCGAUCAUGUUUGCUUUGUUCUGCCUAUCUUCAGAUGUGUUCCAAGAAUGUUCUAGCAAACUUACUUUCUUUAUUGCUUCUGUUUUUAACCUUUUUUUGUACGUUGUCCCAUCUGUUGCAUGGGGAGAGGAUGGCAUUGAUGAACUGCAUGUAGUAGGCUAUGUCUAUCAAGAACUGUUGGUAUGUAUCGCAAAUUUUACAUACAUAUAUGCAACCAGUUUGUCUACACUAUACAGUUUGUUUGUUGUAUACACACAUACAACAUAUUGAAUAAAAUAUUUAUAUAAAAGGUGUACUGUAAUGUCAGUAACAUACUUAAUGCAAUAUAGUGUGCAGUAUAUUAUUGCACCUGUCAUUUCUUGAUGGGACAAAGAAAACAGAGGGAUUGGCUAGUUUAAGCAUGAAAAAGGCCAAAGUAGAAUUUACAUUAAAUUUUCUUUGUGACUUCUUAUCGGUCCUCUUUUCAAGUGGUGACUGAGCUCUUGUGUCAAUGCAGCUCUUAUCCCCUGAUGCCACCUUUUGAAGUGAUAUGGGCAUCCAGCAUGCCACAACUGAACUAUGUAUGCCCUCUCUCUGUUUCCUCCACUUAGAAUUUUCCCUUGUCACUAGUAUGUGUUGAGUGAGAAAUGUUCAUCACGUACCUUCAGUACAGUGUGGCUUUCAUGUCCGAUUGUUUGGUUUGAUUUCCCGGUGGAGAAGAUUAGGCACUAUUAUAAUGAUUUAUUUUCAACAACAAAAAAAAUUUAAUAUAUAUAUAUAUAAUAUAUACCAUUGCAAGUAUGCCCAUUGGAGUUAUGUCAUGUUAUAACAAAUUUGUAACCAUGUAUGAUUAAGGUCUUCGCAUUGUUUUCCAUGCAAAAUGUUGUGUCAUGCUGCACAUUUAAUGUUUUAUUAUUAAAAAGAAAUAAAAACCUCAAACAUUAA